AUGGCCACGGACAAGGUGAAAUACUACCACGAGCAGCUCUUCCGCAGUCACCAGAUGCUCCUCAUGGACACCGCCACCUCGGAGUUUCUCUUCCUCAACGACUUCUUUGACACCCGCGGGGAUCAGCAGCUCUUCGUGGAAGUCUUUGGGAAGACGACGCAGUACUUCCUAGACUCCAUGGAGGCGUUCCUGGCAAACUGCUGGGACUCCGUGGGGCUUCUGCUGAUGGUCCGCAUCGUAGACUUCUACCGGAAGCGCAUGCAGCAGCGCCAGGUGAGCUGUUUGGACUCUUACCUGGACGCGUUGCAGCUGCUUCUCUGGCCACGGCUUCGAGUGGUGCUGGAGGCCAACAUCAUCUCCCUGCGCAAGGCGCAGACUGUGCACCAGGCGCCCAGCAACACCAACCCCCACCUGGUGACGCGCAGGUUCGCUGAGCUGGCGGCGUCGUUGUACUUCCUGAGCUCCAGGGAGGACACGGGGCUCCCGGACAACUUGCAGCAACCCCUGAGCAUGAUGCGUCAGGAAUUCUGCACCCUGCUUUCGGCCUUGGCAAACCGACUGGACGGGCAGGAUUCCGGGCUGGUGUUCCUGGUCAACAACUAUGACUUAGUGCUCACAGUCUUUCAUGAGCGGCAUCUUUCCAGAGCAGCGACAUCGGUUUUCGAGGACCUGCACACAGACCAGGUGCAGAAGUUUGUCGAAAGCCAACUGAUGCGGCACUACCCUGACCUGGUGACGUUCGUGAAGAGCACUGAGCCAGCGGUGGCGCAUAUUGACGAGACGGCGCGGUCCCAGGGCCCCGACAAGCCGCCGCCAGGCGUUGAUGUGCAGAAGAUGGAGCAGGUGGUUCGCAGCUUCGCGGCCAACUGGAAGAAGGAGAGAGAUCAGAUCCACCAAUAUGUCAUGGUGUCCUUCAGCAACUUCAGCAAUGGCAUGGGAAUACUGAAGCAGGUGUUGACCCAGCUGCUGCUCUACUACACACGGCUGCAGAAGGUGAUCCGCAAGGCCUUCCCGCAGCAGCCGCCGGCCUUCGCCAACGAGAUGGUCUCCAAUACCACGAUUCUCAUGGAGGUUCGCCGCGACAACUUCGCCUGA